AUGACCAAGUUGACGUCUAUACUUCGCGGACGCGCAUGUCAAAGGGCGAUCACAGCCUGCUGUGGCGCGGCCUUUAUGCUCUUUGGUUACGACCAAGGUGUUAUGAACACCACCGACUCUGGCAACGGAUCGUCCUCGCUUCAAGGAACGGUAGUCGCCAUCUAUGAGAUUGGAUGCCUGUUCGGGUCUCUGUUCACGUUCUUUGCAGGCGAGACCCUAGGUCGUCGUCGCACCAUCAUGCUGGGUUGUUCGGUCCUGAUGGUUGGGGCCGCGCUUCAAACCUCGUCGUAUGGCAUUCCUCAACUCAUCGUCGGCCGCAUCGUCACGGGCCUUGGAAACGGUAUCAACACCAGUACGGUCCCUGUCUGGCACUCUGAGACAACUGCAGCCCACAGUCGUGGUCGCGCGCUCGCAAUCGAACUUGCCGUUAACAUUUUCGGCCUCAUGUGCGCCUACUGGUUCGACUACGGUUUUUCGUUUGUCAAGUCGCAAGCUCAGUUUCGCGCGCCUAUUGCCUUUCAAAUUGUGUUUGCCGUGGCCACCAUCGUCAUUAUUCAGUUCUGCCCCGAAUCGCCACGUUGGUUGCUCAAGCACGGCAGGGAGAACGAGUCUCGUGCUGUGCUUGAGCAGCUGUCUCUACACUCUGGACCUAGCAAGCACGCUGUCUUAGAUCACGAAUUCAGUCUCAUCAAAUAUGCCCUCCAGGAAGAAGAGGCCGCAACCAUCAAGGACAAGAACGGCGAUCCCGUCUCGCCGAUCCGCGCUUGCUUCACUUUCGGCAAGGAGCGUUAUUUUCACCGUGUUAUGCUCGGCGUGGGUGGCCAGUUCAUACAACAAUUGUGCGGUAUCAAUCUUAUCUCCUACUACGCACCAGUCAUCUUUGAGCAGUCUGUUGGCAUGAGCCACAAUCUUUCUCUGCUACUCUCCGGAGCAAACGGUGUGGCGUACUUCUUGUCGUCCCUCAUCCCCAUCUGGCUCCUUGAUCGAGUUGGCCGUCGCCCUCUCAUGCUGUUUGCGGCGGCAGGACAGUGCGGGUGUAUGGCUAUCCUCGCAGGGACUACGUCAGUCAAGGCCGGGGCCCCCGGAAUUGUUGCAGCAGUCAUGUUGUUCAUGUUCAACUUCUUCUUCGCGGUCGGCCUACUGGCCAUUCCGUGGCUCCUUCCUGCCGAGUAUGCUCCUCUCCCUAUACGAGCCCCAGCUGCCGCACUGGCGAGUAUGUCCAAUUGGUGCUUUACGUUUGUGGUCGUUGAAAUCACUCCCAUCUCCAUCAGCUCAAUCGGGUGGAAAACCUAUGUUUACUUCUGUGUGUUCAACGCCUGCUUCGUGCCCAUCAUCUAUUUCUUCUACCCCGAGACGGCCCAGCUCACCCUCGAGGAGAUCGAUCUGCUCUUCACUGGCGACAAGGUUCUCAUGCACCUCCCCCCGCACCUGCGGGAGCAGCACGAGCACGUUGUUGACGACACCAUUUACGGAGUGGAGGACGACAACAGCAGCAAGGACGUUCACCAGCAGCAUGAGACCAAGGUCUAA